AUGCUAACCAAUUUACGUUCACACAAGAACCAGCUGAUCAAUCGGAUUGUUGAGGUGCCGGUUGAGGGUACAUAUCGUCAGGUUGGUUCGGUGGUAAUCGUUGACGAAAGCGGUGAGAUUGACUUUGAGAAAGCUGCAACACAGCCAGUCGAAUUAUUACCGCAAGAAUCUGAGCCGAUUUCUGCUACAAUAGUUAUUAUGAACAAUUUCUCAAUAUGUAAAGGGGAACCAUCACGAGACGAAACACUUCAGUUUAGUUUACAAUCAAUGGCUUCAUCAUCGACAACUUUUGAGCAACUUCUUCAACAGAGUUUUGGUUCAUCGUCUGAUAUUGAUAUGAAUCAGGUGCUUCAACACGUAUCAAUGAAUUUUCUAAACGGAAUUGGUGAUUUCUCAUCGUCGGUUAACGAUACUGAAAUAAAUAGUUGCUCGAAUGCAUCGUCAUCAGCUGCCCUGAUGUCAACAGCGUUAACUGUACGAAACAGUUCGAAAACAUUGAAAUGUCCAAAGUGUAACUGGCAUUACAAAUAUCAGGAAACUCUUGAGAUACAUAUGAAAGAGAAACAUUCGGACAAUGAGGCAAGUAAACAUUGAAG